AUGGCUGGCUUUGUACCUGAUUCUGUGCAGAAGGUGGCCCACGCGGCCUUGGGCUCCAGGGAGGGCGACAAGCUCAAGGACCUCGCCAAAGACACCAAGGAUAUCUCGGAGAAGGACCGUCUCACUACGGAUUAUGGCGUCAAGCAGAGCACUGCGGACGACUGGCUCAAAGCUGUCAGCCCGAACCAGGCGGGUCCCCUCCUCCUCGAGGACCCUUUUGCUCGAGAACGGAUCAUGAGGUUCGACCACGAACGGAUUCCAGAGCGUGUAGUCCACGCUCGCGGAGCUGGCGCUUUCGGGAAAUUCAAGGUUUACGACAGCAUUGACGAGUUUACGUUUGCCCCCGUCCUGACGGAUACCUCCCGCGAGACACCCGUCUUUGUCCGCUUCUCUACGGUCCUCGGAAGCCGGGGGAGCGCCGACACCGUCCGCGACGUGCGUGGAUUUGCCAUUAAGUUCUACACCGAGGAGGGUAACUGGGACUUGGUUGGCAACGACAUCCCGGUCUUCUUCAUCCAGGAUGCGAUCAAAUUUCCCGAUGUUAUUCACGCCGGCAAGCCGGAACCGCAUAAUGAGGUGCCGCAAGCUCAGACGGCCCACAACAACUUCUGGGAUUUCCAGUUCAACCACACCGAGAGCACGCAUAUGUUUAUGUGGGCGAUGAGCGAUCGGGGCGUGCCCCGUUCCUGGCGCAUGAUGCAGGGGUUUGGCGUCAACACGUUUACUUUAUUGAACGCCAAAGGAGAGCGGCACUUUGUCAAGUUCGUCUGGACUCCUGAGCUCGGAGUGCACUCCUUGAUCUGGGAUGAAGCGUUGAAACUUGCAGGCCAAGACCCCGACUUCCACCGCAAGGAUCUCUUUGAAGCUAUCUCCAACGGCGUCUUCCCCAAGUGGAAGUUUGGUGUUCAGGUUAUCCCAGAGGCGGACGAACACAAGUUUGACUUUGAUAUCUUGGACGCUACCAAGAUCUGGCCUGAAGACCUGGUUCCGACCCGCUACUUUGCCGAGCUAGAGCUGAACCGCAACCCCGAGGAGUUCUUUACGCAGGUCGAGCAGAUUGCGUUCUGCACCAGCCAUGUUGUCCCCGGAAUCGGUUUCUCAGACGACCCUCUUCUGCAAGGCCGCAACUUCAGCUACUUUGACACCCAGAUUUCUCGCCUAGGUGUCAACUUUGAAGAGCUACCCAUCAACCGCCCAACGUGCCCCGUCAUGAACUUCAACCGCGACGGUGCUCUUCGGCAUACGAUCACCCGCGGCACGGUCAACUACUGGCCUAACCGUUUCCAAGCCUGCAAGCCCGCAUCCCACGCCGAAGGUGCAUACGUCGAAUAUGCGCAAAAGGUCAAUGGCAUGAAGGCGCGGAUCCGCAGCGACAAGUUCAAGGAGCACUUCAGCCAAGCACAAUUGUUCUGGAACAGCAUGUCGCCCAUCGAGAAGCACCACAUCAUUGCUGCCUUUGGCUUCGAACUCGACCAUUGCGAGGAUCCCGUCGUGUUUGGCCGCAUGGUCCAGCGCCUCGCGGACAUCGAUCUGGGCCUAGCGCAGACCGUUUCCAAUCUCGUCGGUGGUGACACCCCGUCCCAGGGCCGCACCAACCAUGGCCGGCGCGCACCCGCCCUCAGCCAAACCGAGUUCCCUGGUUCCACGCCUACCAUUGCCUCGCGCCGCGUCGCCAUAAUCAUCGCGGAUGGCUACGACCAAGCCGCCUACGAUACUGCCUACGCCGCGCUGUCGACUGCCCUCGCGGUCCCACUGGUCAUUGGCACCAAGCGCAGCAAGGUUAUCGGCUCCAACGGCCGCGAGACCCAGCCCCACCACCACCUCGAGGGCUUCCGCUCUACCAUGGUUGACGCCAUCUUCAUUCCCGGCGGCGCAAAGUCCGUUCAGACCCUCGCGACCAACGGCCGUGCGCUGCACUGGAUCCGCGAGGCGUUUGGCCACCUUAAGACGAUCGGCGCGACGGGCGAGGCGGUGGAGCUCGUGCAUAAGGCCAUUGGGUUGGGACCGACGGUUACGGUAUCGAGCUCGGCGGAGACACAUGAGAGUUAUGGUGUUGUGACAUUGCGGGAGGUGAAGCCGGGUAGUUUGAAGGAGGCGGUCACGCUUGGUAAGGAGGCGAAGGGGUUUAUGGAGCAGUUUUUCUACGGGAUUGCGCAGCAUCGCUGCUGGGAGAGGGAGUUGAGUGGGUUGAAUUCGCAGGUGGCGUACUAA